AUGUACGCCUGGAUUGCCAUUUAUUGCUCGGCUAAUAGUAAAAGUCUAUUGACACGAUUCUUGGGCUCAAAAUUCUUCAUACCGUUGAGUCGACUGUCAUUUUCCGUAUAUUUGACACACAUUUUGGUCGUUUGGUAUUUCGUGUUGGAGACCCGAGAGUUGAUUAGAUUCACGUAUAGAGACUUUGUUUACGCAACCGGUGGCGUAAUCUUGUAUUCAAUGUUUCUGUCGCUACUGCUAUACCUGUUAUUUGAAAGCGUUUGGAGUAAUGUAUUGAGUCUUAUGUUCAAAAAGCAUCCCAAAAGUACGGCUGAAGAGGUGAAGGAUCAGAUGCAGAGGAAUAUCGAUGAAAAUCCGUCCCAAAUAUUCAUUCAUACGGUCAACGGAAAGCCUAUUGAAUCGGACUAUAAUCAUAAGAGACAUAUGGAGACCAAUAAUCAUAAAAAUAGUAAUAAUAAUAAUAGCGAUGGAUAUAAAUGGAGAGAGAAUUCAGUGAACGGAAACUCAACGCCUGAAUAUAGGAUGCGAUCGAUGGGCACCGGUAGUGUGUUUGUCGAUGUCGGACAUGUAGGUCCGGACGUACACCAUAUGAAAGCGCAUAUUAAUCAGUCGUUUAAUGGCUACCACUCCGAUGCCAGGAAUACAAAACUUUAG